AUCACGUACUACUUUAAAUCCCCUUUGUACUUUCUUAUCACCUGUGCUUAGAAGAGCAUGAUACUGCAGUACCAAAGUCCUGCUUAGGUUUAAAACUCUAAUGGUUGGUGUAUGUUGGUCUCUCGGGCAAAACUGAAUGUGAAAUUACAAAGUCUGCUAAAAAGAAUUAAAAUGCACUGGACCUGCAUUCUGAUCAGUUUCUGCUGGCUCUGCCCAACGUUGGUUCAUGCUGGGAAAGUGCUUGUUUUUCCAGUGGAUGGGAGCCACUGGGUAAAUAUGAAUGUCAUUAUUCAGCAACUACAUCUAAGGGGCCACCAGGUUUCUGUUGUGCGUUCAACAGACAGCUGGUACAUCAAGGAAUCCUCCCCAUUCUAUACUUCAAUUACGCUCGAUAUGGAAUCAGGGUUUGAUGAAGACUUUUUAACAGCAUUUAUUGCGGAACUGUUGGACAUCCAGAGGGGAGGGAUGUCUGUCUGGAAACGCUUUAAACUGGAAAUGGAACAAGCAAAAAAAGCCUCUGAAAUGCAAAAGAAACAAAGCAAAUUGAUUGAAGGGCUUUUUGAAAACAAAGAGCUCAUACAGUCACUAAAGGAUGCAGAAUAUGAUCUUGUUCUGACAGAUCCUACCACACCAACAGGUGCCAUACUUGCCCAAUACCUCAAGUUGCCUCUUGUUUUUAAUGUUAGAUGGACUAGUCAGGGUGAAGGCCAUUUUUCAAUUGCACCAUCUCCUCUCUCUUAUGUUCCCAUGGUAGGGACUGAGCUAUCUGAUAAAAUGAGCUUUUUUGAGAGGCUGCUAAAUGUCCUAAUUUUUGGUUUCGCAGAAUAUCAGAUUGCCCAGUAUUUGCUACCACAUUAUGAGAACCUCAUUGAAAAAUAUUUUGGUCCAGACACAGACUACUUCUCCAUGUUUCAAGCUGACCUGUGGCUAAUGAGAGUGGAUUUUGUGUUCGAGUUUCCUCGCCCCACCAUGCCUAAUGUUAUCUAUAUGGGAGGGUUCCAGUGCAAACCAGCAAAACCGCUUCCACAACAUUUGGAGGACUUUGUGCAGAGUUCUGGAGAACAUGGUGUGAUCCUCAUGUCUCUGGGAACUUUGAUUGGAGAACUACCCCCUGACUUAGCUGAAGCGAUCGCUGCAGCUUUUGCAAAAUUACCCCAGAAAGUCAUUUGGCGGUAUAAAGGUGACAGGCCAGGCACUCUGGGUAACAACACUUUGCUGGUGGACUGGAUGCUACAGAGUGACCUAUUAGGGCAUCCUAAAAUAAAACUUUUUGUGGCUCAUGGGGGAACAAAUGGUGUUCAAGAAGCUAUUUAUCAUGGAGUCCCUAUUUUAGGACUUCCUCUGGUUUUUGAUCAACAUGAUAAUUUAUUUCGAAUCAAAGAAAGAGGAGCAGGGAAAGUCAUAGAUGUUUUUACUAUGAAUGAAGACAUUUUCUUUCAAGGUAUUAUGGAAGUCCUGAAUGAUCCCUCCUACAGGAUGAACAUGCAGAGACUUUCCAGGCUGCACAGAGAUCAGCCAAUAAAGCCACUGGACAAUGCCCUCUUCUGGAUAGAGUUCGUCAUGAGACACAAAGGUGCAGCUCACUUAAGAACUGAAUCCUACAAACUGCCCUGGUAUUCCUACCACUCUGUAGAUGUGAUACUUUUCUUAGCUGCAGUUGUGCUGGUUAUUCUGGGCACCUUUGCUGUCUUAAUAAAACGCCUAUGCUCUAUGUGCCCGAGGACAAAGCGUCAACGUGAUUAAAAAGAAAUAAAAUGGCAAUUAAUGUAAAACUUUAAACACGUAAAUCAUAAAAUGUUGUAUUGUCUUGUGGUACUGUGAUUUGAUGGGGAAAAGAAAAAGAAGAUACAAAUAAUUAAUUCUUUUAAAAUUGUGCAUUUUAUUAGUAAAGAAAUAACAUAGUUAAGGCUGACCAUAUUUGAUUAAGUGUAUUUCACAGUACUUUAAAUUAUAUCCUGUCAGUAUAUUUCAGUGUCUUUUAGAAUUUAUAGCACUUUGAUAUACUGUACUGUAUGUAAAGUCAAACUAGUCUAUAUGGAUUUUACUUUAACCCUUAAGUGAAACAAACAAUACAGUUGUUGUCACUGUAGAAUGAAAGAAAAG